UAUCAAAGCUCUAAAACCUCAGCAAAAACCCUCUGCUGUUUGCUUCCUCUCCCUUGUAGAGAAGGGAGGGCAAAAUGUCCCUCUCUCGUCUUCUUCCACUCAGAUUCAGAUCACUCAUCAACACUGUAGGUGGGAGGUGACAACUAUUGUGUGGAACUAGUUGAGAAUGUAGAAGAUGGUAUUCUUCAGUGAAUGAUAAAGGCGAAAUUUCGCAGCCGUUGAAGAAAUCAGAAAUGCAGAUAUCUGAAAAGAAGCAUAUGACCGAAAAUGAAGGGGUCUUUCCCAGAGAAACAUAUGCCCGGAAGGAAGUAGGUCCCUGGGAUUAUUUGCUAUCCGGCUUUCAAAGAACUAAAAAGAAGAUUUUUGAAAAGUUUAUGGAGCAGAAGAGCAGUAGCACUCAUGCAUUAACUUCCACUUCCGAGCUUAAAGAUUCUGAUAAUGUUGUAUCUGCUGAUAGUCAUGAUAGUGGAAGUAUGAAUGAUCUUAAGAUUACAAUUCAUUCAGAAAAGACAUCUCUAACUAAUAUGGCAGAAAACGUUGACAGUGAAACAUAUCUUUCUUCUCAUGCUGACAACAGUAAAGCUUUAGAGGUUAUUAAUAAUAUGAAAAACAUUUCUGAUUCAGUUGGGCCUGAAGAAUUGUUAAAUAUCUCUUCAAAAGAAUGUGAAGGAAGCACUGACUAUGGGGUAAAUGGCAUGUCUUCUGGCGCUUCAUCUAUCUGCGGAAAAGCCAAUUCCAAUGACGGUGUUCAACUGAUUAAUGGUUUCCAUCAUUCAGAGUUCGUUGAGAAAGAGAGAGAACAAUUGCUAGCUGAGGAGGCAUCAUCAAGUGUACAAAUCAGUUCUGAAGAAGAGAUCCUUUCAAAAUCUGAGGAAGCAUGUUUUGUAGAACAUCAAAUGCAAGUUGAGAUAUCUAGGACAUCACAUAGAGUUUCUGCAAAUAAAUCUGGUUCAACUGCACCUGAAAACGAGCAGCAGGAAAUUAUGGAGUCGUGUAAAUUUUCAUCAAAUUUAGAACUUGGAAGGAGUGGUACCGAUGAUUCAUCAUGUGUAAUAAAGAGGGUUGCCCAAGUAGUAGAUGUUGCUCAGGAAAAAAGAAAUAAUGAACCCGAGUUGGAGGCUAAGAAUGGCCAAAUGCAGAAAAAGGACGUAAUAUCAGAUGGUGAACCAGAGUUCGAGGUUAAGAAUGGCCAAAUGCAGAAAAAGGAUGUAAUAUCAGACAUUCUUUCAAUUUUUGAGAAGAAUGACGGAAUAUCCAAUCUCAAGCAGGUUGCACAUUCUAAUAGUUUCAUACAGAGUGAAUCAACCAACAAAUGGCGGGAUGUUCUUGUAAAAAAAACAGUUUUGUCGACAAGUGAACACCAUCCAGCUGAAGACAUCUCUAUUCCUAUCGCACUUUCUAAUACCAAAAUGGACGAAAUUUCAUCUUUCUCCAAUGAUUCUUCUCACGUGGAGGCUGAUCAUCAAGCGAUAGAUCAGAUUGUCGACCCAAAGAGUGAAAAAUCUGUGCCUAGAGAGUCUGAACACCUCGAUGAAACAUCUCAGAAUGUUCUCGGAAAAAGUGGCACCACCAUAAAGGGCUUAAUAGAACUUAUUGGUGAGCUGCCUCCUUGGGAUCCGUCUUUUGUUAGGCAUGAAGAAAUUGUUGUUGACAGAAGUGAUAGGGAAAGAAGUGCAAGUAACAGAAUCCAAGCACACACUGAUAAGCAGACAUUAGACAGUAAAAAAAGAAAAACUUCAUCUCAGAGUGUGACUGGAAAGAAAAAAAACAGUGGGCUAUCCAACGAAGUCCAUGCAGAUCUUAACCCGGGUGAUGAAAGAACAGAGAUCAGGAAUACUGCACCGCUUGGUUUCUGCAUGUCAAUAGAAACUAAAGAGACUACAUCUUUGAGGGAAAAGGGUAAUCUGAGCAAGGGUGAGGAGGCCUCUUCAUCUGAAAAGUUAUCAGAUGAAAACAAAAUGAUUGUUAAGUUUGUGAACAUUAAAGCCACAGAAAGUGCUGUCUCUAGAGCUUUCCAGGGUUCUGGGGCUAUUUCUAAGGUUGUGUUUCCAAGUGUCAAAUCGACUAAUUAUAAAGCUGCACACAUUUAUUUUAAGUCACAAGAGGGAAGGCAAAAGGCUCUUAAAAGAUCUGAUGUGAUGAUUAUGGAUACGGUAGUUUUGGAGGCCACGUGUAUACCUGAUUUAAUUGGUUAUCCAGAAGUUCCCACCUCGUUAGUAAAGCAUCCUUCAAGGACAGUUAUGAUAAAAGAAUUCAAGCACAAUGUGACCUUUCGCGACAUUGAAGAAGCUCUAGCCUUCUGCAUAAGCAACAUAACUGGAAUUUUCUUUGGUUCGUCAAGCUCCGUUGCUUAUGUGGAAUUUGAGACAGUAGAGGGCAAAGAAAUUGCUAUUGAAAAGCAUGCAUUGAUCAUGCAUGGAGAGAAACUAUCAAUCUUGAGAAUCGAUGCACCACGAACAACCAUUGUAAGGAUGUCAAAUAUGGAUUUCCUUACAAUGAGAAAAAUGAUCCCCUUAUGCAAAGAACUGGGAAAGACUAGCCAAUUCGUAACGAGAACUCCUGGCAUCAUGGAUGUGCAUUACAAAUUUGCUGAAUGGCCAAGAAUGUUAGAGAUUAUAAACAGUCUCAACGGAUAUGAAGAAGAUGGUCAGCAGUUGGUAGCUAAGCCUGCACCUGUCUACUCCUCGCAUGUCCUUAGCGUUCUCUGGAGUCAACCAGAGGGUAGAAAGCAUUUGAAGACCGCGUUCAACAGCAUGUUGCAGAAAGUAGGUGGGGAUACAGAUGUUUUAGCAGAACUCGUUGAUAACUUUUAUGCUGGUGCAAGAAACAUAAUUAACAUAUGAUGGUAAAGUGUUCAGUAGUUAUACUGGAAAAUCCCCAUGCAUUUACUCUUCUAACAUAGAACUUCAGAUCUAACAACAAUAACAGACUUUGCUUUAAAACCUGCCCAUUUAUUAUCAGAGGAAAUUUUAGAAUUCAAAAAUGUUGUAUUUCAUAUCAGUUUGAUAAUUGUAAUUAAGGUUUUUGAUUAAGGGUAUACAUAGUAAAAGCUAAAUGUUAUUUUUGUUUCUCUUUUUGAUGGAUGCAAUGUAAAAGUUCAAAUGGCAUAGUACCAGAAGUGACAUCUUUUAAUCAGUAAAGCCACUUUUUUAUUUUC